AGCACGUGGAUGGAUAUUUUCAGGACAGACCCCUGUGGUGUGUCUACCUGGAACCCUCGGUAUAAAUGCAUAUGCCUUCAUUGUAAACACCUGUUGACAGAGCUGUGGGCUGGCUGGACAGUCCCUGAGCUUGGUGGCCUGCCCCUGGAGCCGUCAGUUCUGCUGCCAGCAUGCCCACGCAGCUGGAGAUGGCCAUGGACACCAUGGUUAGAACCUUCCACCGGUACUCUUGCAAGGAAGGGGACCAAUUCAAGCUCAGCAAGGGGGAACUGAAGAUGCUUCUGCAGAGAGAGCUCACAGACUUCCUCUCGUGCCAAAAGGACCCGCAUUUGGUUGAUAAGAUAAUGCAAGACCUGGAUGCCAAUAAGGACAAUGAAGUCGAUUUUAAUGAGUUUGUGGUCAUGGUGGCUGCCCUGACAGUUGCUUGUAAUGAUUACUUUGUAGAACAGCUGAAGAAGAAAGGAAAGUAAAGAUAAGUAGCAAGGUAAU